AUGGCUCUGUUUCCUCAAAUGCCUCACAGUGCUGCGGUUUGGAAGAGAUCACUCAGUCUGACUGUGCUGAUACCUGCCUGCAGCACCAUGAGGGCGAAAGCCUCAGACAUGCACAGCAAGGACUGUGUCAAAGUGGCCGUCAGAGUCCGACCCUUCAACAAGAGAGAGAGGGAUGCAGGCAGCCGCUGCAUCGUCUCCAUGGUGUCGAGCUCCAUCACCAUCCAGGACCCCCGCGACUCCCAGAACCGUCGCUUGUUUUGUUUCGACUACGCCUACUGGUCCCACAGCGGCUUCGCACGAGACCGCAGCGGCCUCUUUGUGCCCGAAGAGCCCGGGGGACGAUACGCCGACCAGGACAGUGUGUUCCAGGACCUGGGUGAGGGGAUACUGGAGAAUGCUCUGCAGGGUUACAAUGCCACGCUGUUGGCCUACGGGCAGACCGGCUCAGGGAAGAGCUACUCGAUGGUGGGCUACGGGCCCAACAAAGGCCUGGUCCCUAAACUCUGUGAGCGGCUGUUUCAGGCCAUUAGAGAAAACCAGGAGACCAGACAGUGUCAGGUGUUUUUCAGUAUGCUGGAAAUCUAUAAUGAGCAGGUGGUCGACUUGCUGUCUCGGGGGUCUCGUACUCCGGGGGGUCUCAGGGUCAGAGAGGAGCAGCAAAGAGGCUUCUAUGUGGAGGGUCUCCGAACAAUCCCGUGUGAGAGCGCUCCACAGGUGGAGCAGCUUAUGGAGCAGGGGACCAGGACCAGAACCACCGCCGCCACUCACAUGAACGCCAACAGCAGUCGCUCGCACAUGCUCAUUAUCCUCCAGCUCAAGCAGAUCUUUUCCAAAGAGAGCAUCACAAAGCAGUCCAACAUUAACCUGGUGGACUUGGCUGGCAGCGAGCGGCAGCGGUCGUCUGGGCUGGAGGCCGACAGACUCAAAGAGGGCACGGCCAUCAACCUGAGCCUCACCACUCUGGGCAACGUUAUCAGCUCCCUCGCUGAUGUGGCGGUGGGGAGGAAGGUCGUCCACAUACCCUACAGAGACUCAGUUCUCACCAAGCUGCUGCAGUCGGCGCUGGGAGGCAACAGUCGCACUGUUAUGAUUGCCACGUUGAGCCCUGCUGAUAUCUGCUACGAGGAGUCUCUGUCCACCCUGCGCUAUGCUGAGAGGGCAAAGCGGAUCCAGAACCGAGCAGUGGUGAACGAGAGCCCCACUGAGCGUCUGGUCAAAGAGCUCAAGGCCGAGAACGCCAGACUGCUGCAGCGACUGAGCCGGCUGGGCCAGGAGGGACGCAGGGCAAACGACGAGACCAAGGAGCUUCGUCAGCUGCUGACCCACAAUGAGCUGCAGAUCAGAGCCAUUCAGACUCUGUGGGAACAACACCUGCAGGAGGCGUUGAAGGACUGGGAGCAACAGUAUGCUAACAUCACACAGGAGAGGAGGAUGAUGCAGAUGCAUCCCUACAUCCUGAACAUCAACGAGGACGCUCAGCUGUCCGGGGUGGUCAAGCUUUUCAUCCAGGAGGGUGAAUGGGACAUCGGCCUGUGCGACUCUUCCCCGAGAUCCAUCUCCAUCAAGGGCUUAGGCAUCCAGGAGCGUCAUGCUGUGUUCAGGAACGAACAGCGCCGGGUAACACUGACCCCGCUGGCAGGGUCAAAGGUCAUUGUCAAUGGCAAUGCUGUGUCCGAGACAACUGAGCUGCAGCACCUGGACCGCCUCAUCCUCGGGUCCAACUGUACCUAUCUGUUCAUUGGUUAUCCCUCUGAGAGGGGCGGGGACGACUGGAGCCGCUACGACUACGACUAUUUCCAGUCUGAACUGGCCGCCGCUGAGGGCAUCCACCUGGGCGAGUCCAGUGCCGGGUCCAGUCAGACAGACCCCAGUCUGCUGGCCGUCUUCUACGACUACAUCAAACUGAUGCCCAUGAUGGCUGAGGCCAACCAGAUGAGCCAGGAACUGAACAAGGGGGUGGAGUUUAAACUGGAGAUCAAGAAUCUGGCGCUGUCAGAUUCGAAAGGCCACGAUCUGGAGAAGGAGAUCGUUGUCCGAGUCACGGUGAUGGGAGGAAAACAGGUGUGGAUGUGGUCCAAGGCCAAGUUUGUGAACCGCAAAUUCCUGAUGGAAGAAGUCUACCAGCAGCACCAGGCUGAGAAGAGCCGAGACAAAAGAGUAGAGGGGAUGUGUGUAGCUGCGUUACCCAGAGACAAAGACCCGUUCUGGGAUCCUGUGGAGCCUCUGCUUCUGGGAACUGCUCACCUCUGGCUUCAGUCUUUGGCUUUCCGCAUCCCUCUGGAAGAGCAGCUCGAGGUGCUGGGGUCAGAGGGCACAGAGGAGGCCGUUCUACAAGCACAGCUGAUCCCCUGCACCUCCACAGGACUCCCUCUGGGUGAGGAUGACAUUCUGAUCGACCCGUCUGAGUUACUGGGUCGACGACUGGACUUCCAGCUGGUCCUGGAACAGUGCUGUGGCCUCCGCUGGAUCCGAGAGGCCCGCAAUAGAGGGGUCCAAAUUGGUUUCAGGCUGUUUGACUGCAGCCAGCCUCUGUACACACCGGCCGUGUGGCACAACGUCAACCCUCUGUUGGACCAUAGAGUUCACUUCGCGUCCCUCCACACCUCCCAACGUCUGCUCGACUACCUGCAGAGCAGCGCUGUAGUGCUGGAGCUCUGGGGCCUUCAAGAGGGUUGUACUGAACUGAUAUCGUCUCUGGAGGGAGUGAGGAUGACUUCAGAGGGCAUCUUUAUCAUCGAGGAGGCCGGCCCAGCAGACGCUGCACCUGCAGACUCUGCAGAGCUCAGCUGUUCAGUUAGAGCUCUUCAACAGGACUUGGAUGAGCUGAAGAAUGUCAAUGCUUCACUGAGAAAAGAAAAUCACAGUCUGAGAGAACAACUCAACACAGCUAGGAACGGUGGGGAGAGUGCGCGUGGUCGGUCGGUGCGUCCCAGCUGCGAUGCAGACUUUGCUCGGUCUCUCAAGGUUUUCUACCACAGCAUGACCUCAGUCAAGGGUCAGCUGCAGCGCCUGCGCAGACACAGACCCAGCGAGGACUCUGACCUGCUGGGGCUCAGGCUGUUUGUGGAUGAGCAGGGUCGUCUGCUCAGGGACUUCUCAGAGCAGCUGGAAAAGAGCGUCUCCACGCUCAAACAAGACGUGGCUGCCAUCGUCCGGAGGAAACGAGAACGAUCGGGAGUCUGGUCUUGACUGUUCGCUGGUUUUCACAGAGUCUUUUGAAUGCCGUUCUUUAUUUUACAACACUGAGGAUUUCCAAUGUGAAGCUUGCGCAGGGCAAAGAUACUCCAUUGUGUUGAUUCUGAAACUACAACUUUAUGCCAUUGGUGAAACCUGCUGAAGGAUUAUGGUCACUGAA